UUUGCAGCUACGCGUGUAACUGGUAAUCUUCUACGGAUACGUUUUGUCUUCAAGAAACCGAGAGAAGCUGAGGUUGUUGUUCCUCAAGAGGAUCGUGUUUGCUCCACCUCAGGGACUGAAAUAUCAAGUUCUGUCUCAGGUCAUGAUGAGAAUCUGCUCCCAGCUUCUCUUGAUAGUGACAAGACUGCAGUUUUUUCUGAAUCAAAGAAAAAAAAAAGAAACAUAAGACAAGCAAAGAAUCCCGGUACAGUUCCUUGUCUCUCCAUUGAAGAAGACAAUAGCAACAGCGAUGACUGGCUUCUUGGUACUAGGCGGCAAGAGAAUGUUUCUACCAAGUCUACUAUGAAUGAAGACAUGGUCAUGAACUUGCAGAAGCCGGGUGAAUCAUGUUUUCCUAGUUCUCAGUUUUUGUCUGAAGUAGGAAUCUUUUCAUUGCCAUACACAGUCCUGUUCUAGGUCCAACAUUAUUGUUUUGUUCUUUCUCAGCUUAGGCUAUGCCUUAACUUGUACUGUUCCACGAAUUGUGUAACAACCACAAAGAUAAGUAAUCCUUGAAUAAGUAAUACUUGAAUGAUCUCUCUAUUUUUGACACUAA